AUGUCUAAUAAUCCUUUUCCAUCUGUCGAAGAGGUUAAGAAAUGGAGCCCGGUGUGGGUUAUUAAUUUUCUGGAAUCUAAAAAAGAUGAGCUAUUUCUUUAUGAUGAAGACAUCGAUAUAAUUAAAAGGAAUAGAGUUGCUGGUUGUGACUUCCUUUCCUUAACUUUAGAAAUGCUUACUCAAAAGGAUGGAUUGUUCGCAUUAUUAUAUGGACCAGCUGAAGUGAUUGCAGGAUUGGUUAGAGAUAUUAAGGGAGGAGAAGAGCAGGAAUUAACUAACAAGUGCAGGAAAAUUGGUCUAUGGGAUGAAACUGAAAAAGAUCCAGGAAA